AUGCAAUUGAAAAUUGCUUUUAUUCUCGUUCUAUGCGCGGUAAUCAUACCGUUUCACUGCUCUGCUGCUGUCGUUCGAGCGGAAGAGACGAAAGCUUUGGCGUUUCUGAAAAAAUACAACAAGGAGGCUCCCAUUGAGAAAAGAACGUUUAUGGAGCUUGCAUGGAAUUACGCCACAAACAUCACAGAUCACGAUAGCAACUUGAAGACAACCGGAAGCCUCGCUAUCACAGCAUUUCAAAAUAAGAUGCGAGAGACAGCGUCAAAGUUGGACGUGAGCAAAUUUUCCGCCGACACCAAGAGGCAGAUCAAGUUUAUCACUUCUUCAGCGAUACCCAAAGAUAAAGCCGUGCUGCGAAGAAUGACCGAGCUCAUAUCAAACAUGGAAGGUAUCUACAGCACAGGCAAAGUUGAAGAUAAUGACGGCACUGAGCUUGCACUGGAGCCAGACUUGUUGAACAUAAUGGCAACAACACGCGACUAUGAUAGACUUCAGUUUGCAUGGAAAGGCUGGCGGGAUGCGGUUGGCCCGAAACUGCGAUCUCUCUACAAGGAAUUUGUGAAACUGAAAAACCAAGGCGCCAGAGAAAAUGGCUGGAAAGACAUUGGCGAGUACUGGCGAUCGUUUUACGAAGUUGAAGACUUUAAGGGCAUGGUUGAAGGCUUUUGGACCAAAUUAAAGCCUCUUUUUCAAGAGCUCCACGCCUAUGUGAGAUAUAGGCUCAGCCAGAAGUACAGCAAGAUGAAAAAGAAAGGUCCAAUCCCAGCGCACCUGUUAGGGGACAUGUGGGCGAUGAAGUGGGAAAACAUUUACGAUCUGGUCGAACCAUACUAA